UGAGACAGUGGAUGAUAGGACAAAAGAAGGUGAUUUGAGGGUCUGUUCUGAGAGAGACGCCUCACCUUCAUCCUUCAGUGUAUAGAAAAGGAAAGUGAAGCGUUUAAAGGCUACUUUUCAAUGGACAUACACUGACUUAAAGGAAAGUGGUAACUGGAUCAAGUCGGGCGACAGGAGCUCCUCUGAUUGAACUGAUCCUCCUUGGAUGUAUCAGAGAGGAGGGGACGUUUUAUCAUCUGAUCCCCUUUUGGAAAUGAGCUACACGGCGGAUGUAAAGGAAGGUGAUAGAAAUUCAAGAGGAAGAAUGAUAUCUGCAGGAAUCGGGCUGCUUUCAUCUCCUCUCUGAUUUUAUACUUUUUAGGGGGUUGAUCUGUUACAUCCGAGCUUUUGAAAGGACCUUUUAAAUCAGCGUCAGUAAUAAUAUAAUUUCCAUCCACCCACCACAACUCAGCUGGGUGAUCACACUCAUUCAACCAAAGUUGAAAGAUUAGUUGUAAAAACUUGCAUUCAGUUGUAUUAUGGGAUGUUGUUGCCUAGCCUGUAAUUGAUUUUUCAACCAGUUUUUAAAAAAUAUUCAUUUUCUGAUCUAAUUUGAUACAAUUGAGACUUGAACAUGGCCAUCAACACGGACACCGACUUCCUGAAGUCCAACUUAAGUGAGGGCGGAGGAGGCACCCAGGCUUCGGACCCCUACGAGACGGAGAAACUCCUGGCGCUGACCACCGAGCCUGGAGGAAAUGGGAUGAAGAUGUCCACCUCCUUUACGGUCAACAUGGACAGCGACAAGGGCCAGGAAGCAGACCUGAACGGCCACGGCGUUGCCGUGAGAUCGGGCUCCGCCGGAGAGCUGGGCGCCGCCGCCCCCCUCUCCCCGUCCAAGGCCAGUCUGAGCCGCUCCUCCACCGGCAACGCUACAGUCCAGGAGACCCCGAAGCCCAAGGAUUACCUCAUCCUUGUUAUCAUGUCCUGCUUCUGCCCCGUCUGGCCCGUCAGCAUUGUCGCACUGGUGUACUCCAUCAUGUCCAGAAACAGUCUCCAGGUGGGGGAUAUUGACGGAGCCAGGAGGCUGGGUCGACUGGCUCGUCUGCUCAGUAUAGUCUCCAUCGUCCUGGGCGUUGUCAUCAUCGUAGUCUACGUCUCACUUUCAGUAAGCUGACAUGGAGGACCUGAGGGGAAAAAUGAACCGUGAAAGUCAAACCACGGAUGCAAUGGGAAAGUCCAUUCCAAAAAAAAAUAAAAACAAGACAUACAAUUCCUAACUUAAUGCCAUAUUAUAUAAUUACAUCAUGACUGACCUCAGAAAGCAAAAAAAUAGGCAACUCAUGAGAGUAGGUACUGCAGCAAGUAAACAAAUAAAAACAUUCAGAGAAAAACAUCAGAGAUGCAUGCAAUAGAAUCCAGUAACAUUUGCUUGACAAAAAACAAAAAAAAAAAAAAAUGAAUGUAAAAUUGUUCAGGUUAAAAGAGAGGAAAAAGAAAAUGCAGAUUUUUAUGUGGCCAGGAGUACUCAUAAAUGUUUCUCUUUUGAAAAACGGACUUCUUAAAACAAAGAAGAUGAUCGAGAGAGUGAACAAUAGACAUUUUCUAAGUAUGUGGGCUCCUUUGAAAAAGAGAUUCUGGGUUUUGGGCUUCAAACUUCCGACAGCUGCAUAUAAUCCUCAUAUAUUCCUUACUGAACCUCUUUCAUUCAAAGCAUAUACAGCUACAAAUAUAUUUGAA